UACAGAUUUGAUGACAGUAAAGGAGAUCAUAAACAGUUCUUUGAAUUAAUUGAUCAACUCGCCCUUGCGUUUAGUAGCAGAGUAUCUGAAUAUCUAAUGGGUGAUUUGGAUACCAAUGUCUUGCUAACGAAUAUGGUUCCCAAUAAAACUAAGACAUGUGAAAACAUUCAUGAUGAUGCAUUAGAAAGUGGGGAAAAUGAUUCAAGUUAUGAAAAAAAGGAAGAUAUACCAGAACAACUCAAUGAAGCACUGCUAAAUCUUGAACAAGGAGUUGAAUUUGCACUUAACAGAGCUAAAGUGUGGGCUAAGUAUGCAAAGGACAUCCUCAUGUACAUUGAGAAAAGAUGUCAUCUUGAAAUGGAAUACACAAGAAAUCUAAACAAAUUGGCUCAGACAGUAAGACCUUUAAUUAAUGAAGAGGUAAAUGCAUGA